UGGGUGAGAGCAGCGGAGGAAUUUACAUCCCUCCUUUUAAGUUGGCCAGGAUGAUGGAGGAUGCGGAGGACAAAAGCUCGGCGGAAUACCAAAGGAUGACGUGGGAUGAUCUUAAGAAGAGUAUAAAUGGGCUGGUUAAUAAAGUGAAUGCAACAAAUAUUAAGAACAUAAUUCCAGAACUGUUCGCUGAGAAUUUGAUUCGUGGAAGGGGCCUGUUUGUCCGCGCUUGUAUCAAGUCCCAAAUGGCUUCUCCUGGUUUCACUGAUGUCUUUGCAGCAUUGGCUGCUGUUGUUAACACCAAGUUUCCAGAGGUGGGGGAUCUUCUUUUGAGGAGGAUUGUUUUGCAGCUACAAAGAGCCUACAUACGCAAUGAUAAGCCCAAAUUGUUGGCAGCUGUGAAAUUCAUUGCUCAUCUUGUAAACCAUCAAGUAGUUCAUGAGCUGGUUGCCCUUGAACUUCUUGCUGUUUUGCUUGAAAAUCCCUCAGACGACAGUGUUGAAGUUGCAGUUGGUUUUGUUACUGAGUGUGGAUCUAUUCUCCAAGACUUGACUCCACGUGGAUUGGACGGCAUUUUUGAGCGGUUCCGUGGGAUACUUCAUGAAGGAGAGAUCGAUAAAAGAGUUCAGUUCUUGAUUGAAGGCCUCUUCGCAGUACGUAAAUCAAAGUUUCAGGGUUAUCCGGCAGUUCGCCCAGAGCUCGAUUUAGUAGAGCAGGAGGAUCAGUUGACCCAUGAAAUAUCUCUUCAGGAUACUAUAAAAGAUGAAGAUGCACUGAAUAUUUUCAAGCUAGAUCCCAAUUACUUAGAAAACGAAAAGAAGUAUGAAGAAUUGAAAAAGGCAAUACUAGGUGAUGAAUCUGAGGAAGAAGGGGAUUUUGAUGCUGAGUCUGUGGAUGAAGAUGAAGAGGAUGAAGUCAAAGAUGAUGAAGAACAAAUGAAAAUAACUGAUGAGACUGAAACAAACUUAGUCAACCUUCGAAGAACCAUCUAUUUAACAAUAAUGUCGAGUAAGGACUUUGAGGAAGCAGGUCAUAAACUGUUGAAGAUUAAACUUGAGCCUGGUCAAGAGAUGGAAUUAUGCAUAAUGCUUCUAGAGUGUUGCAGCCAGGAGAGAACCUAUGAUCGUUACUAUGGGCUUUUGGGUCAACGUUUUUGUAUGAUCAACAAGAUUCACCAGGAGAACUUUGAAAAGUGCUUUGUGCAACAGUACUCAAUGAUUCAUCGAUUGGAAACCAAUAAACUGGAAAAUGUUGCCAAGUUCUUUGCCCACUUGCUUGGAACUGAUGCAUUGCCUUGGCAUGUUCUAGCUUACAUUAGACUCACAGAAGAAGAUACCACCUCCUCUUCCCGCAUCUUCGUCAAAUAUCUAUUUCAAGAAUUAUCUGAACAUCUUGGGAUCCGGCUUUUAUAUGAACGCCUCAAUGACCCAACAAUGCAAGAGUCAUUUGACUCUAUUUUCCCAAAGGACAACCCGAAGAACACAAGGUUUGCAAUUAAGUUUUUCACAUCCAUCGGCCUGGGUGGGAUCACUGAGAACCUCCAAGAACAUCUGAAGAUCAUCAUGCAGCAGCAACAGAAGCCCACUGCCCCUGCUUCUUCCAAUUCAUCAGUCUCGUCAUCCAGCAGCAGCAGCUCUGAGGAAGAGGAUACCUCACGAAGAAGGAGGAGGCGUUGAUCUGCCCAAAUGUUUGACUCUGUAUAUCAUAUUUUUUGACUCUGUUCACUUUAUAACAUUUUUUUUAAAAACAAACAGGCAACACAAGUACAGAAAUAUUGCUAAUGCCAGUAGGUAAUGUUUAAGGCUUUAAGCCUGAGUAUGAGUAUGUCUAGGAGAGUGGUUCGCUUUCUUGUCCAAAAUGUUGCAGUCUUGCAGAAAAUGCUUGCGUAGGUUUGUUCAAGUACAUAAAUAUUGCUAAUGCCAGUAGGGUUGCAAAUAAAACUCUAACAUGCCUUUUGUGUUG